AUGGGUCAAGAGGAAGCGUUUGUACCAAUGUACACAUACCGUGGGCUGGUGGGCGCUUUAAUGUACAUCGCCACGUGUACUCGACCGGACAUUGCGCAUGCGGUUGGCGAAGUUGCGAAGUCUUGCGAUUGCUACGACAAGUCGCAUUGGACAGCAGCAAAGCGGAUUCUCGAGUAUCUCAAGACGACUCAAGACUUAAGCAUCGUGUUCAGCGGCAUCAACAAGGGAGAGCUGAUUGGAUUCGCGGGUGCAAACUGGGCUGGCGACCUCGACACGGCGUUCGACAACAGGAUACGUUUUCUUCUUGAACGGAAGCGUGAUAUCGUGGAAUUCGAAGCGUCAACCAACGGUCGCGACCUCAAGUACUGA